GAUGACAUGGACUGGACUUCCCUUCACUUCGCAGCAGAGAAGGGAUAUCUCAGUAUCGCCAGUUUGCUUCUGGCGCAUGGUGCAUCUGUCGACGCGCGAACCAAGCAGCAGACUACGCCGUUGAUCAUAGCGACAUGUAAUGGUCGGGAGGACAUUAUCCGCCUGCUCCUUGACAAGGGGGCACAGGCCGAGGACUGCGAUGAGUACGGCAGCACUUCCCUGCACGUCGCGGCCUAUAACGGCCGUCUGACUAUCGUCAGCACGCUCCUCGAGCGAGGUGCCUCCGUCGCCGCGCGAACCAAAGAGGAGCGCACACCGCUCAUG